AUGGUCGAUAGAGUAACAACAGCAGCGACGAUGGGAAAUGAUAAUGAUGAUUGGGAAGUGGCCGUCGAUACAGGUGAAUUCGAUAAACGACUUGAACAACAUGAAAAAGCUCGUGCAUCUAAUCAAUACUCAAUAGAAUAUGACAUAACAUUUGUACUGAUGUCACUGUUGGAGUUCGUGCCAUCUCCUGCACAACCCGCUACCACCGAUGAUGACAGUCAAAAUAACAUCAAUUUUAACUUAAUGAACUCGAAUAAACCAAUUCGAAUUCUUAAACGACCAACCAGUCAAUCUCAAUUAUCCACUACUAACAAUGAUGUGUCUAAUAGUUCGAUAGCAUCAAAAACUGCUAUUUCUUCGAACACCAACUCAACAACAAUGACAUUAUCGAAUAAUGAAAAUAAUACCAAUAACAGUAAUUCGUCUCCUUUUUACAAUAGUUCUUCGUCUACAACAGUGCCUGUUAUAUCGAUCAUUCCACGAAAUCAAACAAAGGAUUCAGCGAAUUCAGCGGAAUCUAUAACCUCACCUGUGUUUUCUUCGACUUCAUCAACUACACAAUCAACCAAACCUGUUAUUAAAACUUAUGAACAACGUGAACUCGAAUACAGAUUAGCCAGGCUCAGAAUUAUGGGUGAAGAAGAAAGUUCAGCAAAAGAUGAUGAUGAUAACGAUACACCAACUGCUGAACCUUCGGCUCUUUCUACAACAGAUGACAAUACUAAAACGACGUCCUCGUCAACAAUACGAUCAACAACUAAAAUGAGCGGAUUUUCUCAGUUACCAUUACAAUGUCAUUCAACACCUGGUAGCUACGCUUCAGAUUUAUACGCAGUUAAUAACGUGUCAUCGAAUACGGGAACAAUUCAUUUUACACCAAAUAAUAAUACUAAUAAUAAUAGUACUCCAAAUCUUGGUACAGGACCUUUUUCUUCACCUAACUUCCCUCAACAUUAUCAGAAUACAUUUACCGGUCCAUACUCUCAUCUACGGCCAACUCCAUCUGGAGUCGCACGUUAUCCUUUGCCAGUAACAACAACAAACACAUUGUAUAUGACAUCCACAGCACCGUUUAUGAGUGCACCACCGUCAUCUGCUUCUUCAUCAUAUCAUUAUCCAUUACCGUCACCGCUACCACAACAUCCAAAUAACUGGUACCAUCAUUAUCAACAUUCACAAGCGCCGUACGGUACUCAACAGUAUGGACAUCCGCAAUAA